UGUCAGUGAGAGCUCACUGAUUGUCUUCAUCAUGACCAUUAUCUCUCUGCUUCUGCUGGCCUCUCUGCUGCCAAACCUAACCUUCACUGCUCGUGUGGGGAUAGUGAACGGCACAGAAGCAAAACCCCACUCCAGACCUUACAUGGUUUCUAUUCAGGUUUUUGGGGAACACGACUGUGGUGGCUUCCUCAUCUCUGAUGAGUUUGUCCUGACUGCUGCACAUUGCUGGGAGAGAUCUCAGGUUCUGACGGUUGUGGUUGGUGCUCAUGACUUGAGGAAAAGUAAGAACCGCGUCGGAGUGAAGAACUACAUCCCACAUCCAGACUACAGAAGAAGUCCUAUUCGGAAUGACAUCAUGCUUUUGAGGCUAAAGAAGAAGAUCAAACUAAACAAAUAUGUAAAAUGGAUAUCAUUACCAAAGGAUGGAGAAGAGGUUAAUGUAGAUACUCUCUGUAGUGUUGCUGGUUGGGGAAGACUUUGGACUGAUGGACCAAUGAGCAGUCGUUUAAUGGAGGCCAACGUGCACAUAAUGAAUAACAGUGAAUGUUACAAGAGGUGGGGAGAGAUUUACUACUCUGUUUCACAGAUGAUGUGUACACAAAGCUAUGGUGGAUUCUGCAAUGGAGAUUCCGGGGGUCCGUUGGUUUGCGGAGACGCUGCAGUUGGUGUCGUAUCAUUUCGUUACAUUCAUCUCUGUAAUUCACCCGCGUAUCCUAAUGUGUACACUAAGAUUUCAUCUUAUCUUCCAUGGAUCCAGCAAAUCAUUAGAAAUGUUAAGUGACUACAUGAAAAAUAAAACAAGGAAGAAAUGCUUUUUAUUGAAUUCUUCCAUAAGGCUUCUUUCAAUAAAAGUAUCACAUGGAAAGCA